UCCCUCCCUGCCUCAGCUGAGCGCCCAUGGAUAUUGACCUGGACUAUGAGCGCCCCAACGUCGAGACCAUCAAGUGCGUGGUGGUGGGCGACAACGCGGUGGGCAAGACACGCCUCAUCUGCGCGCGCGCCUGCAACGCCACCCUCACCCAGUACCAGCUGCUGGCCACCCACGUGCCCACCGUCUGGGCCAUCGACCAGUACCGCGUCUGCCAGGAGGUGCUGGAGCGCUCCCGCGAUGUGGUGGAUGAAGUCAGCAUCUCCCUGCGGCUCUGGGACACCUUCGGAGACCACCACAAGGACCGGCGCUUCGCCUACGGCCGGUCAGAUGUAGUGGUGCUUUGCUUCUCCCUGGCCAACCCCAACUCGCUGCGGCACGUGAAGAGCAUGUGGUACCCCGAGAUCAAGCACUUCUGUCCGCGCACCCCCGUUGUGCUGGUGGGCUGCCAGCUGGACCUGCGCUACGCGGACCUGGAGGCUGUGAACCGCGCUCGCCGGCCGUUGGCCAAGCCCAUUAAGCCUUCAGACAUCCUCCCCCCAGAGUGUGGGCACGAAGUAGCCAAAGAGCUGGGCGUCCCGUACUACGAGACCAGUGUGGUGGCCCAGUUUGGCAUCAAAGAUGUCUUUGACAACGCCAUCCGGGCAGCCCUCAUCUCACGGCGCCACCUGCAGUUCUGGAAGUCUCACCUCAAGAAGACGCAGCGGCCCCUGCUCCAGGCCCCCUUCCUCCCCCCCAAGCCCCCUCCACCUCUCAUCCACAUCCCGGAACCGGCUGCCCAGGAAGGCCGGGGGCCCAACGCCCUCUUCCACGAGCCCCUGUGUGCUGACGUGGUCUUCUACCUGCAGGGCGGCCAUCAUGUCUUUGCCCACCGGGUCUACCUGGCCACGUCCUGCUCCAAGUUCUACGACCUCUUCAUGCUGGACUCGGUGGGGGCGGCGGCCGGUGCAAAAGAGCCGGCCGGCAGGACUAAGAGCCUGGACGCCGACACAGGCGCUCUGGGGCCGGCCUCAGCCGCGACGCUCCGGGCCUCGCAAAGCGACGACCCCCUGCGCAUGGCGCGGCCCCCUCGCGAGCUCUCCGGCUGGGGCCGUGGCUUCGCCAGCAUGUGCCGGAAGCGGGUGCGGGACCCCGUCACGCAGCGUGACAAGCCCAUGACGGCCGUCUACAUGGAUGGGCUGGUGCAGCCGGGCCCUUUCCGGGUGGUGCUGGAGUACCUGUACACGGGGCACCUGGAGCAGCACCGGGCCGACCUCAUGCAGGUGGCCGCCAUUGCGGAGCUGCUGGAGGUGUUUGACUUGCGCAUGAUGGUGGCCAACAUGCUCAACAAGGAGAGCUUCAUGAACCGCGAGAUCACCAAGGCCUUCCAUGUGCGCCGCGCCAACCGUAUCAAGGAGUGUCUGAGCAAGGGCACCUUUGCAGACGUGGUCUUUGUGGUUGAUGACGGCUCAGUGCCAGCCCAUAAGCCCUUGCUCCUUGCUGGAUGUGACUUCAUGGUGGCCAUGUUUGGCGGCACCUUCAGGGAGAGCUGUGCUGCUGAGGUCUCCCUGCCGGGCACCAACGUGGCCUGCCUUCGGGCUGUGCUGGAGUUCCUCUACACGGGGCUCUUUGUCCCCGGCCCGGACCUGGACGCCAUGGAGCUGCUGGUGCUCACCAACCGCCUUUGCCUGACCCGCUUGCAGGCUCUGACCGAGCAGUACGCAGUGGAUGAACUCGUCCAUGCCAGCCUGCAGCAGGUGGAAAUAGAUGCCCAGGUCAUCCUCUACCUGGAGAUGACACAGUUCCACAACGCCCGCCAGCUGGCCGCCUGGUGCCUCCAUUACAUCUGCACCAACUACAACAGCGUGUGCCGCCGCUUCCCCCGCGAGAUGAAGUGCAUGUCUGCCGAGAAUCAGGCCCACUUUGAGCGGCACCGCUGGCCCCCCAUCUGGUACCUGAAGGAAGAGGACCGCUACUUGCGCUUGCAGAAGGAGCGGGAGCUGGAGGAGGAGAUGACGCGCAAGCAGCACCCGCGCAGCAAGUGGUGCUUCUGGCGCCCCCCCCAGGCCAGCCCCAUCUCCUGAGCGCCUGCCCCCAAGAGGACGCAGCAGGGAAGGAGCCCGUCAGCCAGGCCAGGCACUGCCUUGGUCUUGCCCGCGGGGGCAGGCGGCCGGGGGAGCUCUGCCUCUUCUUGCCAGCUGGGUGUCAGGGGAGGGUGCCCCUGCCGUGUUUACAAUCUGCCCCCCUUCCUGCCAGCCAGCUGUGUGCCUCUUGCCACUGCCACCGCCAUGCCUUCACUCCGUGUUUACGCCCUGUGCCGCCUCACGGCCCAGCCGGGCACCCAACCAGCUGUCUCUCUAGUUGCUACCUCUGACCUUAGCAGUAUUCUGGGGACAAGGGGGGGGGGGGACUCCUGCUUUGCCGGGUGGCUGUGAGCUGGUUGUACAGGUAGGGGAGGGGCGGUGGUUCCGGGGGGCCUCCUUGCUGGGCUUCCCUGAGGCGCCUGCCAGCUCAGCGUUGGUGGGAAUGGGGCUGGGAGGAGUGAGCCACAGGGCUGUGGGAAGGGGGGUUGUUUUGCGUGGGGGGGGGUGCAGUGUAGUGCAUGCGAUGAGGGAGCAGGAGCCGCGUGCCCUGUGGGGGUGGGGGUGGGGGUGAGCGGUUUUUUCCUAAGGCGCCUAGUUGUAGAAGUUUGCUUCCUGUCUUGUGAUGGUCUGCUGGGGAGGGGGGGGCAUGGCAGCCCUCCCCCCACGCCUGUGCCUUGGACGCAACACAAGCCUCUUCCCGGGUUGGCCCUGGCAGCAGAGAGGCCCCCCCUGUUCACCGCGCCGUCUCCCCCCGCCCUGUUGUAGGCACUCUGGUGCAUUAAGGGAAGGAGGUGCGGGGGUGCAUCAGUGAGUGGAGGGGCUUUCAGACACACACACACACACAUACCCCACAAAUCUGCACAAACGUUUUUACACUUUUUUCUAUGAGUUCCGUUUUUUCCUCCCAAGACCUCAGCCAAGCACAAACCUCUCCCCGGGUGGGGGGCCCUGCGGCCCCCACUCGACUGAAGGGCUCUGAUGUACGCCGGUCCCCAGGGGCCCGCAUGCGUCCACGUUUCUAACCACUGUGAGCUGGCCCCCCAUCCCCUUUCUUACACACGCGUCAGUAUUGGACUGUUUUAACCUUUAAUAAAAGCCUUUUGUAUUGUGA